AUGUCGCGACGCAGUCCCACGGCAACGGGAGCCAACAGUCCAGAGAGCUCAGAGACCCCCAAGGAUGCUGGCCAGGAUAAACAGAAGAUUCUUCUAUCUGCGGAUACGGGCCAUUUCAGCUUGAUCAGAGGAUUCUAUGGUGAUAGAGCGUUGCACCUUGCCGAUUUCAUUACCGAGCUAAAUGUCAUGUCGAUAUUUUCGUCAAUGCGGUACUGUCUUGGGGAAUCGCACCAGCAUGGAAACAUCUGGAUGGCACUCGGCUUUAUCCCAUUUGGACUCUUCUUCGACUUCAUGGAUGGGAAGGUUGCUAGAUGGCGACAGAAGUCCUCCUUGAUGGGCCAGGAACUCGAUUCCCUGGCAGAUCUGGUCUCAUUCGGAGUCUCCCCAGCAGCAGCAGCAUUCGCCAUUGGUAUCAGAUCGCCCGCUGACCACGUCCUACUCACCAUCUUUGUUCUCUGCGGCCUUACCAGGUUGGCUCGAUUUAACGUCACCGUCGCCACGCUCCCUAAAGAUAAGACUGGGAAGUCGAAAUACUUUGAAGGCACCCCCAUCCCCACGACAUUGGUGAUUGUUGGAAUAAUGGCGUAUUGGUUAUCCCAGGGUUGGAUCUUGGAAGAUAUUCCGCUCGGAGUGAUGUUUCCGGGUACCGUAUUUGAAUUCCACCCUGUCGUUGGCAUGUUUCUGGUCAGUGGCUGUCUUAUGGGCCACGACGCCGGCCAGGAUUGCCCCCGAUCUAUGUCAUGGAAAUGGACGGACCGAGGGAGAUUAAAGGAGCCUCUCUUCAGGCUCAUUUAUAUUAAUUCCGGUGCACGGAAAGCCGAAGCUGAAGAAGAAGCUGAAGCUGAAUCUGCAGGCCGGCCUUUCGCGGGACCAGCUUCGUUCUAA